UAUAUCAAUUAUUAAACAACACAAAACAUAAUUUAUUUCAUUUUUAUUUACAAUGUUUUGUGACAGGUACAAUUUCUUUUCCAGUCAGGCACAAAUUGAUUGGUGCAGGACAUUGUGUCAGGUUUCAUUUCAAGUGGACUGGCCUCGGUGGCGUCGUGGUUAGGCCAUCGGUCAACAAGCUGUGCUGUACAUGCAGAAUAAAAAAGGCUGGAAAUUUCAUGAUUAUUUGUGCAAGGAUGAUGUCCAUUGUAUAUAAACUCUUUACCACGACAUCACCCAAGCAGAAAGCUCGUAUCAAGAUUCUCUGCUUUGCUGUUGUGUUCAUCACUGGACUUCACUGGCUCAUCAAGUUUGAACAAAUCCGUGAACAUGGCGAUUUCGCCGACCUGCCCAUACCAAUCGAUCCAAACUUUGUUCCAUUAGGAAUCUCCAAAGUAGAAGAGUUCCCAUACACAGGGGAGGUAAAAAUACCCAUGAUUAUUCAUCAGACGUGGAAAAAUACUCACAUCCCACGAAAGUUUGAAAAAUGGAUCAAGUCGUGGACGAAAAACCAGCCCGAUUGGCAGUAUAUUCUAUGGACCGACGAAAGUGCCCGCCAGCUUAUUGCUGACAAAUAUCCUGACUUUCUUCCCGUUUAUGAUGGCUAUCCAGAAAAUAUUCGUCGUGCUGAUGCCCUUCGCUAUUUCAUACUGUACGAGUAUGGUGGGGUGUAUGCCGACAUGGAUAUGGAGAGUCUGAAGUCUUUAAUUCCAGUUUCUUACAAGUAUUCGUGUUUUGUUGGACAGGAACCGUACGAACAUCCCAUACUAGAUGGGAAUUUCGAAGAGUUGGUCAUCAAUGCUUUGAUGGGCUGCCGCAAGGGUCAUCCAUUCAUGAAAAUGUUGAUAGAUUAUCUCCCUUCAUUUUCACAUAUGUGGAAUGUUCUCGACAGCACUGGGCCACAUUUUAUUACGUUUGUUUAUAAACAAUACAAAAAACUGCACAACUUACCACCGACUCACGUUAAUGGAACAUACCUAGCACCAGCAGAAUAUUUCUUUCCAACGAUUGAUCCUGUUAAACAUUUCUGGAUGCGGAAACAGUGUGGAAACUUUGAGGAAUUGUCCGCUAUCCAGAAACGAGCGUGUAUGCAUUUAAAAGUGAAAGGUGCAAAGCACACUGAUCAGUACGCGUUUACCACUCACCACUGGAUACACACGUACUUAGACUUCCAUUUGUCAUUAAAGGGACCCAUCGAAAUUCAAGACAUGGUAAGACGGGCACAGAUAUACAAAGGAAGUGUUGGCUUAAAAGAAAUUCUUCCAGUAAGAGAACAAGCUGAUGUAAAAUGAGAGUGCUGUAAAAUCAAGCAUGUCCGGUCAGGUCAGGUCAGAUCAUAGGGUUUUUUGUGCACAUUCAGAACAAGCUGUUGUAGUGCACACCUGUCAUGGAUACGGUGCCGACUUCGGCUGGCUCCUCUGUCCAGGACAGGAAAGGGAUUUAGGUGGGUGGGAGCGGGGACAGCCCAUGAUGGCAAAUUCAAGAGAGCACCAGCAGCCCAACCAAGAUCGGUAGCAGACGGGGUAAAUUUUGUUUCUGUUGAAUGUUGAAUGUCCUGUAAAAUUAAGUUGAAAUGGAAAAUACUGCACAAUUUCUUGAAGGAAUUUUGUCACAUUUUUUAAUGUUUCAUCGAAAAAUAAAGUCCAGCGUUGUUGUUUUAUUUAUAUAUAUAUAUAUAUAUACACACACAUAUAUAUACAUAUAUAUGACUUAAUCUGCACCCCAUUUAUUUUAAAGAACGAACAACAUGGACUUGUUGAAAUUAAUGGUUUUAGCACUUUGUAAAGACUUAAAAAUGUUUUGUUUUUUAACACUUAGUUAUUUACUGGUAAACUUUAUUCUUGAUGAUUUAAAUAUUUUGAAUUGUGAAGAAUUUUUUUUACAACAAAUCCGAUUCUGACUACGAAUUGCCGACUGGAAAACAAAACUCAGAGUUUCAAGCAUAACAAAGUUAGGAACUUUGACAAUAUACUUUGUGAUGUUUUUUUAAAUAUGUCUUUUUAAUUUAUGCAUAUUAAUGUUUUUACAUUUAUGUUUUUAUUUAUUUAUUUCCUGAGUUUGCUGCCAUUAUUUGUCAGAGGUUUCUGAGUAACACCUCUUUUAAUGAUUAUUUUACAUAUUGAGUGUGUGUGUCUGUGUGUGUGUGUGUGUGUGUCUGUGUAUCUGUGUGUGCAUUUGUGUAUCUGUGUGUGUCUGUAUGUGUGUGUGUGUGUGUGUGUGUAUCUGUGUGUGCAUUUGUGUAUCUGUGUGUGUGUGUGUGUGUGUGUUUGCGUUUGUGUUUCUGUGUGUGUUUAUUUAAUGUGUUUCUGAUUGUCCCAUUACAGGAUAUUUAUAGUCACUCAAGCUUCAUUUUAUUUCCAUGUAAUAUAUAUAUAUAUAAAUUGGGAAACAAAAUGAAGUAUAGUGUACAACAAACAUUAGAAUAAAUCACUAAAACAGGGGCGGCACAGAUGGCCGUACCACGUUUUUGUUUUUUUGGUGGGUUCUAUAUGUUGUAUCAAAGGCUGUGGUAUGUGCUAUCCUGUCUAUGGGAUGGUGCAUAUAAAAGAUCCCUUGCUGCUAAUCAAAAAGAGUAGCCCAUGAAGU